GUUUUUGAAAUGAAAAUCGAUGAAGGGAACUGUUACAAGUUAUUAGAAGGAGGUUAGUUGCGGUUACGUAUGAGCAGGAUGUAUGCGAGCAUUGAUACUGAGCAAAUAUUCAAUAAUUAUAUUGCAUUAUUAUAUCGUUAAUGCGUCUGUUUAUAUGUGAUUCUCAUCUGGCAUUCCAUAUGAAAAUAUUUCAUAGUGAGAAACCUUUGAUUGCGAUGUAGAAGGUUAAUCAUCGAUGCGACAAAACAGUAAAUACACGUUGGAAAAUACGAUAAUUAAAUCUAAGAUAGAUUUAAUUAACUUAGAAAAUUAGUGAAAUUUUAUGAUGAGUAACAGAGAGAAAAGUGAUUCACGAUCAGAGCAAUGCUCUAAAGAGAGAGAGGAAAGAGAAAGAAAGCAGUCGGUCUCUUCGCAAAGCGAUGAUUCCAAUGGCAAGAAAAAGAGGCGUAACACGUGCAGUAAGGAUAAAAGAAAGAAAUCAAGGCAUAGAAGUAGCUCUAGUGGCUCAAGCUCGUCUAGUGCCUCUAGUCGAGAGGCUAAACAUCAAAAUGAUAGAGACAGGAGAACUGACAAAUGGGAUAAAAAGUAUGAGAAUGGAGUUAGACCAUACCAAAUGAAUACAAGGGAAAGUAGAGGAUACUAUAAAGGACGCAGUGGAUUCUUUGAUAAUCGAAAGCGUAACUUUGGCUAUCGACCUUAUAAGCAUGGAUUUUACGAUAGGAAUAGAAUACAUAAUAAUAUGCAAUAUAAUAGAUAUAAUAACGAAAGAAGAGGCAAUAGAUUCUUUAAUCAUAAUAAUAGGAGACCACCUUAUGAUAGAUCCAGAAGUAGAAGCAUUCAGGAUCAUGAUCAUCAAAGAAGCUUAAAAGAAUCCAGUGAGCAUUCAAGAGAAAGUAAUUCAAAAGAAAGACACGUGAAACAUUCGAACACUGAUAAAAUAGAAACUAAAAAAAGAGACGUAGAUGACACUCCUGUGAAAGGAAAAGAAAGAAAGAAAGAUGAAGACACGCAAGAAAAGACUGAUCAUCUUGUUCACAAAAAGUCGAAGAGGAAAAGGUCUUUAUCCUCUUCAAGUUCCUCAAGUGUAAGCAGUACUAGCAGUGACAGUAGUAGCAGUAGUUCUAGUAGUAGUAGCACUAGCAGUAGUUGUAGCAGUAGCAGUACAGAUACAUCAGAGGAUGAAAGAAAACGCAAGAAAGCAAGGAGAAAAGCAAAAAAAUUAAAGAAAGCUAUGAAAAAACGUAGAAAGAAGAAGAGAAUGAAGAAAAAGUUGAAGAAGAAAUUAAAAAAGUCUAAAAAGAAGUCACGUAAUGUUGAUAAGUCCAAAGAAAGUAUUUCUAAAGAUACUACACAAGAGAUAUCAGAAAAGUCUAAGGCAAUGGCACCAAUGACAAAAGAGGAAUGGGAAAAGAAACAAAAUGUAGUACGUAGAAUUUAUGAUGAGGAAACUGGAAGAUACAGAUUAAUUAAAGGUGAUGGAGAAGUGUUAGAAGAAAUAGUGAGCAAAGACCGUCAUAAAGAAAUAAACAGGCAAGCAACUAAAGGAGAUGGAGAGUACUUCCAGGCACGCCUGAAAGCCAAUGUUUUAUGAACUAUUUUUCUAUGUAUGCUAAAAAAAAAAAA